UAAGCUGGAUGCAACAUUCUUAAAUACAUGAAGACGCACUUGGCUGCUAGCCUGCUAUCAUAGCUACUAACUAUGCUACUAACGUUACCAGAAAGUUGUGAGUAUCUUUGCUACUAGCUAGGCUACAGAUGCUGAUAACUGGAGGAAACAGUAUUGACAGAGAGACUCAACAUGGCAACGCCGGUGUCUGUGCUCCGCCUGCCGAAAGGACCUGACCCCAACAGCCGCGGAUUUGACCCCAAAUCACCCCGUUUUAUCGCUCUCUGUCGUACCUCCAUUCCCACUUCGGCUGUGUCCGAGGCAGAUGUUGAGCAGCUGCCAAAAGAGCAGCACGCGCGAUCUGUGCUGAGGGAGAGUUUCCUCCGAUGUCUACUCUCCAUGACCAACAAGAAGGUUCAGUUUCACAUGUAUGAGAGGGUGAAGGUGGAGGCCACGUUUGGAGCGUCUGAUAUCGACGUGAUGAACUUUCAGGUGUCGGACCUGCACACUCCCAUCGGAGUGCAAAAAGAGGCACUGAUCAGAUGUCAGGAUGUGAUUUCAUUCAGUUUUGAUGCAUGAACACUUGAGGCUUUUGUUUCCUGUUUAAUCAGAAUAUUCUCUUUGGGGUGAGAUUCACUUUGGGUGUCUCAUUUGUUGCUGCAAGUGAGCUCUGUUUUCACACUGUGAGAGUUUGUAAAAUUGGUUCUAUUUUUGUAGGGGUUUCAAUCCUGUGUUGUUCAGGCAUUUGUACUUGCUUUCAAAUAUCCAACACUGACAGGCAGUCCCACUUGUUCAGCACAAGAGGGAGCCAUAUGCUUGUGUUUCAAGAGAGACGUUGCACUAAGAUAAGGUGAAUUCUGAUUUUUGACCAAAAUUUUGAUUGAAUGAUAAUGUUGCCAAUGAUUACUAGUGUUUUUACAUUAGUUACCCACAUCCGGGAAACAACUGUUUGUAAUCUAUACGAAAACGUAGGUAGAGAGGGAGAGACAUUCACGGUUUAUUUCUUUCAGCUACAGCGUAAUAGGUCCAGAAAGUUGUAGAAUUAAUGGGGAUAGCCUUUUUUAAUCUACUUUCUGUCUUCCUUUUGUGAUAUGAAUUUUCAUUUAAUUCAAAGCAAAUGAAACCUUGCACUUUAAAUUAUUGACCAACUUUAAUAUGUGAAUGGCCAUGUUGUGUUCUAUUUGGAAAAAUUAACAAGACACUUAAAAAGAUUGCUGUCUGACUAAAACACUUGUCAUGCAUGUGUGUAACCCUCAUAUCAGACAUAUCCAUCAAAGCUAUAUCAUAUUUGAUCAUCUUUUUUUUUUAAUCAAAUAUUUCAUUUCCGGAGCAAAUUGCAUUUUCCUGUUUUCCUUUGAUACACUGCUUGGAGAUAGUUGUCCAUAACUCCAAUAGUCUUCUAGUUCAUCGUUUUGUCCACGGUGUGACCAGUGUAGUGUAUGUCACCCAGCAUUUUCUAAGAAGCCUUCAAAUUAAACAUUUAAUGGUU